AACGCCGGUUCUCUGGCAUCUCCUGGAUUUGGUCGUGGGCUCGCGCAGCCCCCCAUUACCUUCGUCCCUCUGCUCACCACCUCCUGACAUUUCCCUGCGCUGAUUCAUCAGACCCUCUUUGCUCAGCUUGGGAGGUCUCUGGCCUGUGAGCGAGGAGGGCCCAGGGUUAGAAAGCCAAGCCGCCCUGGGCCAGGGACCGCGGGGAACAGGACCCGUCCACCUCGGGCACCGCCCCGCGCAGCCUGGGAGAUGGGCAAUGUGAUGGACGGGAAGUCGGUGGAGGAGCUGAGCAGCACCGAGUGCCACCAGUGGUACAAGAAGUUCAUGACCGAGUGCCCCUCCGGCCAGCUCACCCUCUACGAGUUCCGUCAGUUCUUCGGCCUCAAGAACCUGAGCCCGUCCGCCAGCCAGUAUGUGGAGCAGAUGUUUGAGACCUUUGACUUCAACAAAGACGGCUACAUCGAUUUCAUGGAGUACGUGGCUGCGCUCAGCCUGGUCCUCAAAGGGAAGGUAGAACAGAAGCUGCGCUGGUAUUUCAAGCUCUACGACGUCGAUGGCAACGGAUGCAUCGACCGCGACGAGCUGCUCACCAUCAUCCGGGCCAUCCGGGCCAUUAACCCCUGCAGCGACUCGACCAUGAGUGCCGAAGAGUUCACCAAUACAGUGUUCUCCAAGAUUGAUGUCAAUGGGGACGGGGAACUCUCCCUGGAGGAGUUCAUCGAGGGCGUCCAGAAGGACCAGAUGCUCCUGGACACGCUGACACGGAGCCUGGACCUCACCCGCAUCGUGCGCAGGCUCCAGAACGGCGAGCAAGAGGAGGGUGGGGAGGGGGCCGGCGGCAGGGGGACUGAGGCGACCAGCUGAGCCCACCCGGGCUGCUUCUGUACUGGGGAGGGGAUGUGUGUUGGUGCCU